UGCUCAGAAGCAGUCACUCUUGCUUGUGAGGAGGGCCCUGUGAGGUUGCUGCUCAUCUUCCAGCUCUUGCGCUGCUGGCCAGGACACAUACACGGAGACAAUGGGAAACCUCGAGGGACACCUGCUGCCAGGGGUGAUCUUCCUCCUCUACUCACUCUACUACUCACUGCUGGCGUCCUUGGCCUUGCUACGGGGACAGAAGUUUUUCAAGCCCCCUGUACCCCCAAGGGAGAAGAGAGGACACAGGUGGUGGAAGUGGGUACCUGGGGAAGGAGUGGCGAAGGUUGUCCUAAGCUUCAUUGGCAUUAUGGGUGACUUCUACUACCCCCCAGGAGUCAACCGGCUGAAGAUAAUAGACUGGGAGGACCCUCAGCGACCAUUCUUGUUCCCAAAUAGCUGGCAGCAUGUCACCAUGUACACAUUCUUUCUGCUCAGUGGCGUGGUGGACAUUGUGAGCCAGGCAUGCCAGGCACGGCAGAGCAUGAAGCUGGAGCGAGCAGCUGAAGCCCUGGCCUGCUGUACACUGGCACUGCUGAUGGCAUCCCACAUUGAGAACAAGGACGCUCUGGAAAUCCGUGUGCACAUCUUCUUCAUAAUCCCUGCCUUCCUGGUUGGCCUGGUGCUCAUCAUCGAGGUGUGGGUCCCUGACCAGCCCCCACUCUGGUUCCUCAAGUCCUGGAUGGGGCUGGUGUUCAGCACCUGGCUGCUGCAGAUCUGCUUGGUGCUGUAUGUUCCUCCCUCUGGGAAGCCCUGGAGAUCAGAAAAUCAUGUGGACCUCGCCUUCCUCACCAUCUUCUUCUGCUGGCACCUGGUUUUAGGGGCAGCUGUGCUGGCUGCUGUCUAUGGCAUCUGCAGCCUAUGGCAUCAUCGCUGUUCUUCAGGGACAAACGCCUCAGGUGCCAAGUACCAGCCAUGCCCCUCAGGCUACAACAGUGAAGAGCUGGAGAAACUCAGGGCAGGGGCUGAGCUGCUGCAUGAGGGUGUCUAGGUUUAGAAUCUGUGUUUGUUUUCACCUUUUGUAAUGAAAGUUUUGAGGUUGCCCAUUGAGUGCACAGCAUGGGGCCUGCAAUGUGGAUUUCCAUCACAGUAAUCAUCUUCCUUGUUCCUAAAUAAACCAUCAGGCUCCUAGCAGCAAUUUUGCCACCAACUGGAUCUCUCCAGGUCUGUCUCUUUCCUGUCACAUUCCUAUCUCUAACCUGUCUCUUUCCUAUUCACGAUGGUUCCUUGCCAUUUACUUACAUGAAGUGGAAGAAGCAGUGCUUUUCUCUGACAGCUUUGGGGAUCCAAGAGAAGAAAAUGA